AGCACUCACUGCAGCCAUUUUGGCGUCGUCCCAGUCCCGCCUCUCUGGCUCGCGGGACUCCACCCACCACGGGUUCAAAGCCGAAACAGGAAGUGGGCUAGGAACCCCAGAAGCCGGGAACGACCGCCGCCUUCCGCACUCCCUAGCGACCCUCGCCCCACGACCCGCGGGCGCCCCUGCCCCUCUCCCGAGUGUUACCGGCCCCUCCCUCGCUUCCCCGCCCCGCGAACUCGGGAGAUCAUGUCGAACAUGGAGAAACACUUAUUUAACUUGAGGUUUGCUGCAAAAGAACUUAAUAGGAAUGCCAAGAAAUGUGAUAAAGAAGAAAAAGCUGAAAAGGCCAAGAUAAAAAAGGCCAUUCAGAAAGGCAAUACAGAAGUUGCAAGAAUACAUGCUGAAAAUGCAAUCCGUCAGAAAAACCAAGCAAUCAAUUUCUUGAGAAUGAGUGCUAGGGUUGAUGCUGUGGCAGCCAGAGUUCAAACUGCAGUAACAAUGGGCAAGGUGACAAAGUCCAUGGCAGGUGUAGUUAAGUCUAUGGAUGCUACAUUGAGGAGUAUGAACCUUGAAAAGAUUUCUGCCUUAAUGGACAAAUUUGAACACCAGUUUGAAACAUUGGAUGUUCAAACACAACAAAUGGAAGAUACAAUGAGUAGCACUACAACCCUAACAACACCACAGAACCAAGUGGAUAUGCUGCUUCAGGAAAUGGCUGAUGAAGCAGGCCUUGAUCUCAACAUGGAGCUCCCACAGGGUCAGACAGGGUCUGUUGGUGCAAGUGUUGCUUCUACGGAGCAGGAUGAACUGUCACAGAGGCUUGCUCGUCUUCGUGAUCAAGUGUAACUUAAAUAACUGGUGCUUCUGUUUCCUCCAUGUGUGUCUGAAACAUCAUCCUUCAUGUGUAUGUACAUAUAUAUGUAUUUAUAUUAUAAAGUUGCACUCUAGUUAGAAAAACACCAUACAUGCCAGAAUGUUUGAACAUUAUUUAUAUACGAUGCUUUCUUUUUGCCUUGUUUAUUUUGCAGUGCAUUAAGAAAUUCCAGGGAAUUUCCACAUUGGCAGAUUUAUAGUUCUGUAUAUUAUAUGUAAAAGUGUGAGGGACAUAUUUUUGUAGAUGUCUUUGACAAAGCUAGCAUUACUUUUCUGUAUAUUAUACAUCUUCCUCAAAUAUUAAAGCAAACAUCUAGCACCAAAGUACUAAGUAAAGUCAUUUUGUCCAAAUAAAGGCAUUUUUUUUAAUUGCAAGGAAUUUUCAGUCAUUGUCUGUAAUGGAAUGUGAUUGUAUAAAAAUAAAAACAGGAAAGCAUGUUUAUUUAAUA